AGAAGAGGGCCCUUCUCCUCUUCUCUUCUCUCUUCUCUUCACCAUUCAUCAAUAAAAAAAAACGUUACAAAACGUUUUUGUAUUGUGUGUCUUGGUUUUUGUGAUUCUUGAAGAAAAGAAGAAAAAAAAAAAAAAAAAACUGAAACUUCAGUUUUUCUUCUUCUGUUUUCUUUUUAAUUAAUUUGUCCCCAAUCCUCCUUCUCCACAUUCUUUUGUUUUUGUUUUUGUUUUUUCUAAUCUUUGUUUUUGGCCCUUUUUUUCCUCAUUCUGUUUCAAAACCUUUCCCCUUUGCUUAUUUUCAACGCCACUGUUAUUAUUCUUCUUUAUAUUCAAACAAAGGUUAAUUUUUUCAAGUCCUAAUUUGUUGAAGCUAAGGCCUUUACUGAAAUCACAUUGCAUGGCAACCCAUACUAAGCUUCUCAUCAAUUCUUUCUUCACUCUCUCACCUCCCAUCACCAUCUGAAUUCAUCAACAAGAUUUUAGGAAGCCUUAGAGAUUAUCUUAGAAGGGAAGACAUGUUUGGGGCACAUGGAUUUGAAGAUCAUCAUCAUCAGGAUGAUCUUCUACUGGAGAUGACACAGAAAAAUUUCGAAACCGAACUCGAAAAAUUCGGAGAAGAUGAGUUUGAGAGUAGGUCGGUGACAGAUGCCAUGGAUGCUCCUUUGGGUGAAGAACAAUGUGAUCUUUUGAAUCAGAGAAAUAAGAGGAAGCGUUACCAUCGCCAUACUCAGCUUCAAAUUCAGGAAAUGGAAGCGUUUUUUAAGGAAUGUCCACAUCCAGAUGACAAGCAAAGAAAACAGCUGAGCCGUGAGUUAGGGCUGGAACCCCUCCAAGUCAAGUUUUGGUUUCAAAACAAGCGCACCCAAAUCAAGGCUCAACAAGAACGGCAUGAGAAUGCAAUAUUGAAAGCUCAAAACGAGAAAUUAAGAGCAGAGAACAUGAGGUAUAAGGAAGCUCUUACCAAUACAAGUUGCCCUAAUUGUGGAGGUCCUGCUGCCCUUGGCGAGAUGUCCUUUGAUGCUCAACAUUUGAGAAUCGACAAUGCACAAUUAAGAGACGAGAUAGAGAGAUUAAACGGUAAUAACAAAUAUGGAGGGAAGGGAUGGGGUUCCCAUUCUUCGCAUAUAGUUUCAUGUGGAGGGCAGGUUGGAAGGUCAUCAUUAAAGCCUCAACAAUUGCAAGGAGAUGAUCAUUUGUUAGGGGAAAUGUAUGGAGAGACGACAACAGGAAUAAUGUUAAAAUCGUCAUCAGUGACAACUGAAAUUGAUAAGCCAGUAAUUGUUGAGCUUGCAGUUUCAGCCAUGGAAGAAGUAUGUAGAAUGGCUCAAGAAGGUGAGCCAUUGUGGGUUAUCGGUGAAAACUCCAUGGAAAUGCUUAAUGAAGAUGAGUAUUUGAGGACUUACUCUACACGAAUUGGCCCUAGAAUUGUGGGACUAACCUUUGAAGCUUCAAGACAAACUUCUAUUCUUGCUUUCAAUCAUUUAAAACUCGUCCAUAUUCUCAUGGACGUGAAUCAAUGGUCAACCAUAUUUUGUGGAAUUGUUUCAAGAGCAUUGACACUCGAAGUCUUAUCAAGUGGAGUUGGUGGCGACUAUAAUGGAGCUCUACAAAUCAUGACGGCGGAGUUUCAAGUUCCUUCUCCAUUGGUUCCGACGAGAGAAAAUUACUUCGUGAGAUAUUGCAAGCAGCAGGGAGAGGGGAGUUGGGCUGUGGUGGAUGUUUCACUUGAUUAUUUACGUCCUACUCCUACUUCAAGGACUCGAAGACGACCAUCUGGUUGCUUAAUCCAAGAACUUCCUAAUGGCUACUCAAAGGUGACUUGGGUGGAACAUGUAGAAGUGGAUGAUCGAGCAGUACACAAUUUAUACAAAGGAGUGGUGACAUGUGGGCUUGCCUUUGGCGCAAAACGAUGGAUGGCUACUCUUAGUCGACAAUGCCAACGCCUAACCAACUCCUCUUCUACCAAUAUUCCUGCACUUGACAUUUGUGUGGUAACGGGGCAAGAGGGGAGGAAGAGCGUUAUGAAGUUAGCUGAGAGAAUGGUGAGGAGCUUCUGCAGUGGCGUUGGGGCUGCUACUGCACAUAAUUGGACCACAUUAUCCACCAUUGAUUCCGAUGAUGUUCGAGUCAUGGCGAGAAAGAGCCUCGACGACCCUGGCCGACCUCCUGGAAUUGUUCUUAAUGCAGCUACUUCUUUCUGGAUUCCAAUUCCCCCUAACAGAGUCUUCAAUUUCCUCCGAGAUCAGAACACCCGCAAUCAGUGGGAUAUACUUUCAAAUGGUGGAUUAGUUCAAGAAAUGGCUCGCAUUGGCAACGAUCGAAACUCAGGAAAUUGUGUCUCAUUACUUCGUGUUAACAGUGCAAAUUCAAGUCAGAGCAACAUGUUGAUACUACAAGAGAGUUGCAGCGAUGACAUCAGCGGUUCCUACAUUAUCUACGCACCGGUGGACACCGUGGCAAUGAACAUGGUUUUAAGCGGCGGCGACCCUGAUUACGUGGCUCUCUUGCCAUCUGGAUUCGCUAUACUCCCUGAUGGACCGCCCAUCGGACCCGACGGGCCUCCAGGAAUUCUCGAGUUCGGCUCCGGUGGUUCCUUGUUGACGGUUGCCUUUCAGAUAUUGGUUGAUUCGGUUCCAACUGCCAAAUUGUCUCUUGGCUCGGUGGCCACCGUCAACAGCCUCAUCAAGUGCACGGUGGAGCGAAUUAGAGCUGCACUCAUGUGUGACCAACCCAUCAAUUAAUUAUUUAUUUACAUUUCAUAGACAGCACACAAUUCUAUAUUAAUUUUCUUUUCCUGAAAGAAAAAGAGGGGAAGAGAAGUCAAAAACGAACCUUGUGUUAUCCUUGGCCUUGUGAAUUUGUGGGCACUAAAAUUCACAUUAGUUACUCCCAACUUUUCAAGGCCUCAUAGUGGUAAUGGGUUCGGACAUUGACUUCUCAUACGCCUAAUGUUUAGUAAUAAAUUAACAGUAUGAUUUUCAUGUAUCAUCAUCAUCAACCUUGAAGACCUC